AUGGAGACCACUCUCAGAACGAUAGGGCGAUUUUGUCCCAAUUGUCAAAUCCACCUCAGCUUCGACAUUGACGGCAUCGAUCCCAAGUACGCUCCCAGCACAGGCACCCCAGUGCCCGGUGGUCUGUCUCUGGAGGAGGCCAAGUACAUUUGCAAGACACUUGGUCAAACAGGUCGGCUAAAGUCUAUGGCGAUCACAGAAGUCAACGCAUCACUCGGCUCACCUGAAGAUGCAACCACCACAUUGCAUGCUACUCUUGAGAUCAUCAGAAGUGCUCUGCUUCUGGACUAA